UUACGUGGCACAUCGGUGAAUCAACACACUGAAGGUCCACGUAUGUGCCACGUAGGCACUAAGGCUGCCAAAAAUACUAUUUUAAUUAGUCAAGGUAAUAGGACCCUCUUAAAGUUCGGGCGUUGCUCAGCAAUUUCAUGUAUAUUUUAGGAUGGAAACAAAACAUUUUCUCUAUAAAAUAUAAAUAAAAAUACUCGUAACUGAAACAACAGAAAAUUGUAUCGAAGGUUGAACAUUUAUGUUCACAACUCCAUGAUAAAAUUUUGGAAUUUGUAUUGUAGCAGUUUGAACUAGACGAAAAAAGUUUGAACUGAGGCAGCUAAAUGAAUUGAUAAAGAUUUCAAUUCCAUGUUUUUUUUUUUUUUUUUUUUUUUAGAAUUUAAAUUGCACAUUUGAAACUCAAAAGUAAUUUUUCGAACUCGAUCAAUUUAAUACUGAAGUUUUACUUGUUCUGUAUUUUAGCUAAGGAUACAUUUAUCCAAAUUUUAUUUCCAUAUUAAUAAGAUUACUAGUUUUCAGUUAACAGUCCGCCCAAUUUUCUCAACAGAUCCGACCCGACCCAAAGCACAUGCCCAAUCAACAUAAGAACCAUUUUUCUGAUUUCUGCUUUAUGCAUGCAUGAAAACCUCCAUCAAAUUAUCAAGAAUGGCGAUCUCUCCAAUCCAUGCUCCUCUUCUGCCCAUCACCCUCCUCUUUCUCCUCUCACCCAUCAUCACCCAUUCUAAUGACUUACACUCUGAGCUCAUCCAUCUCCGAUCAAAAUCUCUUCUCGGCUUAAUCCACCUCAAAGACAAUCUUCUCCAACGCAUCCUCUCUAUCCCUUCCCCUAAACCAUUCUCCUCUCUCAUCUUCUUCGAUGCCCGACAACUCCAUGCUAAGUCCGAGAAUUCUAUUCCCAGUGUCAAAUACGAGUUCUCUCUUCUCUCCUCUUCUUAUCUCACCAACAACCCCGGAAACAAUACUCAUAUAUUCUUCUUCAUUAUCGAGUUUGAGGAGUCUAAGUCGUCUUUUGAGUUUUUCGAUGUUAAGUCUAUACCACAUGUUCGGUUAGUGCCUGUUCGUGUGGAUGAUGUUAAGAAAGAUUGUGUACGAAUGGGUGCUUCUGGGUUUUCUAUGGGAGCUGUGUCGAUGAAGGAGUUUGUGGAGACGAAUGCGAAUGUUUAUGUAGGCCCGAUUCAUACACGUCCGGUUAUUCCGAAGAAAAUGAUGAUGGUUAUUGGUGCUGGAUUCUUGAUUUGGAGUCCGUAUUUGGUGAAAAGGUUUGUUAUUGGAAAUACAAUUUUGCAGGAUAAGUAUGUGUGGAUGAGCGGAUCGAUUCUCGUCUACUUUUUCAGUGUUGCAGGGACAAUGUUUACUAUAAUUAGGAAAGCACCUUUGUUUUUGAUGGAUAGAAAUGAUCCAGCAGGGAAGUCGAUUAUGUUUUACCAAGGAGCUGGGAUGCAGUUAGGAGCUGAAGGUUUUGCUGUUGGAUUCUUGUACACGAUCGUUGGAUUGUUGUUGGCAUUUAUGACUCAUGUUUCGGUUCGUUUGAAGAACAAGGGAACACAGAACUUGCUGAUGGCUUUAGGGCUCUUCGUUUCGUUUUGGGCUGUACAGAAGGUCAUUUACUUGAAUAAUUGGAAGACUGGCUAUGGAAUUCAUCCUUAUUGGCCUUCAAGAUGGAAGUGAUAGCAAUGUAGUUUGUUUGGCUGUUAUUCUCUUAGGUAAGAGAUUUCUAGUUUAUACUACAUGUGAGCUGAUCCAGAUUCAAUCAAAAGAUCAGCUUUUAGUUUUUAGAUUUAUGCAUUUUUUUAUCUUGUAGUGAAGCAUUUGUGUGCCACUUGAAGUUUUGAAAAUUGUUUACCAAUAAUAAUUUCUCAUUUUACAUCCUCAAA